AUGUCCAACUCCACAGUUCAUGUUCCCCUUGGGGUUCUGGAUCACUUCCUUCCUCCCCAUUAUCUACCUAUGAAAUGGUACAUCCCUUUGAAGGACGGUAUCACGCCCCAGGAAGCGUUCAAGGCUCUGGAAGAUGGCCUUCGCUUUACUUUCCGGCAGCUGCCCUGGCUUAGCGGUAAAAUCUACAAGCAGGACCCAAAAACACCAGGCGGACGCCCGGGCCAGCUUGAGAUUCGGUAUAACCCGGCCGAUUUGGAGGAUGAUACCAAGCCAUUGCCUCAGUUUCCCUUCAAGAUACUCGACCAGUCGACGGGCUCCGUCACGUACGAGGAGAUCAGCGAGAGCGGCUUUCCCAUGAAUACGUUUCCGGACGAAGAAGUCUUCUGGGGAGACUUUCUCAAUUUUCCCGAGGAGGACAAGGGUGCCGAGUGCUUCAAAGCUCAGGCAAACUUCAUACCGGGAGCCCUUAUCCUCUGCGGUGCUACUCAUCACAAUGCCUGCGACGGCACCGCCUUGUUUGACGUGUGGAGGAUAUGGGCUGCCAACUGUGCGGCCCUGCAGGCAAACACAGCGCCUGUGGUCCUCGACCCGUUGAGCUCGGAUCGAGGUCUGGUAGAACGUAUAUGGGUGGAUGAGGGCAGCCAACUGAAUGGCGAUGGUGCAAAAGUAGAAACGGGCGAUGUUGAACAAAAACAGUAUACCUUGUUAGACAAGGAGCCACCGAAUUUACCUUCAAAGCAUGACCGUUCUCUCCCUCCGCCACCAUCCUCGGGUGAGGCCAUGACGUCGGCCGUCUUUUACAUCUCAUCUGACAGAUUUACGGCACUCCACAAGCGCUGUCUGGAUGAGGCGGGGGCUGGAUCGCGCAUCUCUGGAAAUGACAGCAUGACGGCACUGAUCUGGCGCAGUCUGCUCAAAGCUAGACACGCGGCAGCCGUCGCCGCCGGUCGAGCCAGCGAGUCAGACGAUGUCAUGGCCUUGCUGCAACUCACCCUCGAUGGACGUCCUGAUAUCUCGGCCAAGGGUUCCAUGCCAUUCGAAUACCUGGGCAACCUGGUGUUCUGGAAUCGGGUUGCCAUGCCAAUCUCGACACUAACUUCUCCCGAAACCAGCAUUGCCGCUGUGGCCAUGGCUAUCCGCAGAGAGGUCGAGGCAGCCACUGCGCAGGCCAUGCUAGACGCAUACGGGCGGGCUCGCCGCCUUGAAGACAUCUCAAAGCUUCAGCUCUCUAUCACGCAUGCCCAUGGUUACGACAUGAUUCUCUCGUCUCUGAUGAUGCUGCGCAUCGAGGAAAUGCGGUGGGGCGGCGGCGUAUUCGACAAUGGUGGCAAAGCCGAUGCGUUGAGGCCUCUCUUUGAUGAUAUUAAUAAGGCGGGUCGUCUUUGUUUCCCGAUGCCACGCGAGUCUGGGCAGGGUGUCGAGUUUGUGAUUAAUCUGUUCAAGGAUGAAUGGGAUAUCUUGCUCAAAGAUGAAGAGUUUGGGGAAUAUGCUUUGUUUUUGACUUCUUGA